CAUUCGACACCGAAAGGUGUGCAGAAAACCCAACGCGAAACGGCAAAUACUACCUCGGCACCGUCGUUGCGCCAUGGUAGGCGGCGGCGACGACGGCAGGGCGCUGCUCGCACUGCGUUCGGAGGCCGCGGUAGACCGAAGGCGGGGGCAGGAAUGGAAGGUGGAAUUUGCUCGCUACUUCACGGCGCCGCCACGCGGGCCCUCGCCGCCGCCGCCGCCUCCCGGCGUCCGUUACGCCUUCCACGCCAACCAUCGCCAUCCCGGUGCCUGGCUCCCCGCCGCCACCCCGGCCUCUCUUCGCGUCUCCCGCCCCAGCCAGGCCUCCGCGGUCCCCGUCCUCACCGUCUCCAUCGGCGACGUCGUCUUCGAGGAGCACUUUGUGUCCAUCCUCAACUUCUCAUGGCCUCAGAUUACAUGUAUGUCAGAAUUCCCAGUAACAGGGAGCAGGGUGGUGUUUGCGAGCUUUUGUGAUAAGUACAAACAGGUACAGAAGUUUGCUCUACGUUUCCCACUGUUCAGUGAUGCAGAGUCAUUCUUAAAUUAUGUGAAGGAAUGCUUAGGUGACACCAUGGAUAUCAUACCAUCUGGAAGUGACUAUGCGUGUGAAGAUUCAUCAGUAUCUGAGUAUAUUUCUUCUAAUGAACUUCAGCACAGCUUUGAGGAGCCAGCUUCAGACCACAGGACAGAGGCGCCAGCAAUAUGCUACCAUGAGGAACCAGACCAGCCUGUUUUUCAACCUCCCCAUGCCACCAACAUUGAAAAUAUCAACUCUGGUUUCCUUCAUAGUUCCACUGAAAUGCUGACAAAUUUCUCAACUGAGAAUGAAAAAGAUACAGAGGACCCAUAUCAUGGAGGACCCGGAUUAUGCUACCUUGAGGAACCAGACCAGCCUGCUUCUGAACCUCUCCUUGCUACCAACAUUGACAAUGUCAACUCUGGUUUCCCUCCUAGUUUCACUGAAAUGCUGGCAAAUUUAUCAACUCAAAAUAAAAAAGAUAUGGAGGAUCCACAUCAACUGACUGGAGCAGAGCAUACUGAAGAGGUGUACACUCAAGAUACUUGUCAUGACGUAUUUCCUUCAGUUACAGUUGCCAGGAAUAAAAACACAGCCAAUAAAGAAAUCGAUACGGAAAACACUGCUGAUAAGGAAAUUGAUACUAGUGAAUCAACAAAUGAUCUUAUGGCAAGGAUAAAGACAUAUCUAGCUGACGACUCAUUCCAUGAUAUGUUGUUCAAGCUUGAGAGAGUCAUUGACGAACUGGGUAUGGACUUGUCACUCUAGAUAGCAACCGCGUCACUGCCACGUGAAGGCUAUUUAACUUUCCUGCUCUGAUGAAAUACACAAUGUAGUUGUACUUCAGUUGGUGGUUCCUUAUAGUUGCGCUCCUGCUCCUACCAAAGUACCAGUAGUCAUUGGUGUGGAACAUCACGGGAUUAGUGAGCAAAAUACACACCUCUUAUGUACAUCUACGGUACAUGUUCACGUGAUCUGUUAUGUUUAUGCCAAGGUGUAUGCUGUUUACGGUUUAGUA